AUGGAGUCACCAGUGCCCUUUUCUCACGCGGCGGCUCCGAUCGGCGAAGGCACUCCGGCCGCAGCAGGAACAGCAAGGCGCGUGGGGCAACCCCGCGAUCGCCGCAAGCGCAGGAGGAUCGCCGAGGAGAGCGGCGGCUGGGCGUCGCUCCCCGGCGACCUGGUCCGCCUCGUCGCCGAGCGGGUGCGGCUCGUCGGGGACGUGGUCGACUACCUCUCUCUCCGCGCCGCCUGCUCCGGCUGGCGCUCCAGCACGGAUUUCCCCCUCAGCCCGCAGGAGCAGUUCCAUUACUGCCGCCCCGGCGACUUGGUCGCGCUCUGCGACGGCGACGAGACGCGCCCGGACGACGCAUGCCACAUCGCCUUCUUCAAGCCCAGCACGGGACGGCGCCUCCGCGUCCGCUUGAAGCUCAAGGGCUACAGGAUCGUCUCCUUCAGCGGCGGCCUCCUCGUCCUCGUCCACAAGCGCUUCUCCACUCUUCGCUUGCUCCACCCCUUCACCCGGAGCGACGUCGACCUCCCGCCCAUGGCCUCGACCUUUCGCAUCGUGGUAGGCGUCAAAGACAAAAAGGGGUGCUUCCUCCGCAUGAACGCCGCCAUCUGCGCGAGCGCCGCGGCGGCGGCCCCCGACGCCUCCAUCGACGUGGUGGCCUGGUUCCCGAGGGAGAAGGCCAUGCUCUGGGCCAAGCCCGGCGAUGCCAGCUGGAACGCCAUCUACCUCGACGUCGUGCUCCAGAGCGUCCUCGCCUACCGUGGCCGCCUCUAUGCCACCACCCGGGACUCGGCAAACAUCCUUCAGGUCUACCCUCAGAGCAAUAUCUUUCCGGUGGAUACUCCUAUCCCCGACGAGCUCGGCCCUCCAUCGGAAUGCCGCUCCUUCCUCGUCGAGUCCAACGGCCGCAUGCUGCUAGCUGUUCGCUACUAUGACGCGCCUCCCAACAGGACACACACCGCCGUCAGGAUCUUCGACGUGGAUCUCGACCGCCGGCAGCUGGCCCCGGUGAGCAACAUCGGCGAUCGCGCCCUGUUCCUUGGUCAGGACAGAUGCCUGUCCGUCUCGUCCAAACACCUGCCGUCCAUCAGAGCAAACUCUGUCUACUACUCGUCAUCUGAAAGCCCUGUCAUGUUAUACUCUCUCAGCAGUGACUGCCCCGACGACCACGAGUGUUCGUGGGCGUCGUGCCGCGCGCGGCCCUUCGCCAUUGCUGACCAUCUCAUCACAUACUGCAACCAUCUCGAGUGGGCGAGAGGACUCAUGUUUUGUGAGCAUUGGUGUGGGCUAGGUUUUUCCAAGGAACUAAAGGAGAAAGUCAGGAAGCAAGAUUCACAGAUGCGUAUUCCAACUGAUGCCGCCAAGGAGAAGACGAAUUUUACACAAUAUAUAUAAUAUGAUCCAAAUACAAUACAAGAAGUGAGGCCAAAUUACGGGUACUCUUAUAAAUAUACUACUAGU